AUGCUGCUCUUACAGAGAGUAUCUGAAAAGGUUUUGUGCUCCCUGUGCGAACCAAGAUUCGGCACUGGAGAGCUGGAGCACAAAGGCAAACCUCUUCUAUGCCCGGAUCUAUGUGAAGAAUGGUUUACGGCUUGCCAAGAUGUCUACGUUUCGGCUUCUCCGUCUGGGAGUGCCAACGACUUAGCCUUCUGCGACGGCCGCUCUCUCAUAUGCUCCCGCCUCUCUGCUAGCGUGCCGAGUGCCUCAUCGAGCACCGCACCGAAGCGGUCGCAGCGUACUGGCGGCUACGAGGGACAAGGGGAGAGUGUAGGUGGGUUACACGGCUGGCUCCGUUACAUAAGGGAAUUCGCUGACGGGGUGCUGAGCCGCCCUGAAGUCUGGUUGUUAGUAUUCUUUCUGGGAUAUAUGCUGCACCAGCUGAUCCAUCAAGCAACAAGCAUCAUCGCCACUCAUUUAGAUCAAAUGCGAGACGAGCAGAGACAACAAAUACUUGAAAGAUACGGUAUGGCAGAGGAGGAUGACUGCUUGUCUUCGGAAGAAGAGGACUGCUUGCUGAGCGACGAAUCUGAAGAAAGCUCAGAGGGCUCUGCAUCGGACAGUGAUUCUCCUCAACAGUGA